AAUGACAUCUGUGAUACUGUGAUACUGUGAACCAGUCUGAAUGUGUAUUUGUGAUAGAGAUGUCUGUCAGUGACGAACACAAGCUAAAUAAUAAAUACGCAGUGCUUAUAGGAACCAAAACACAACAAAAAUACGAUAAACAUACAGUGGCUAGCUUUCAUAUUCACAGCUUCAAAUUUUGAUUUGUCUAUCACAUGUGUGAUGGUGUUUAUUUUGUGCAACUUAAGCCAGUUGGUCUAUUUUAUUCGAAUCACAUAUCACAUUAUUGUUGCUUUUUGUAUUUGUGUUUGAAUCUGAAAAUCACAGUACACUACGAACGAGCAAAAAAAAGAAGAAGAAUCAUAUAAUCAGCGUUACGUCGCAAAUCACAGUGUCUACUUUUGCAGUGACAAUCGUGCGGGAAUAAUCGUUGUGAUUAGCAAUCACUGAUUACAUUUACCAAUUGCAGUUAUAUAUGGAAUAUAAUUUAUUUUCUUUCUCUUAAAAAUAGAAAGUAAACGAAUUAAAGUCAAUCCGAUAUCGAUAGAAGGGCAUUGAUUAUAUUCAAUCAGUAAAAAAUCAAGUGCGAAGUGUGAAAAAAGAACGUCCAUAUACAGAUACACACAUAUAUAUAUAUAUAAUAAGUUGACGUCCAAAAUUCAAAAUCUAAAACGCAAUAAUGAAAUACUGAAUACACGAUACCAUUGACUGAACCAAACACUAAGGUGUAUACAUAUUGGAAGAAGUUUUGCCGAGAGUGAAAGGGAAUAAGGAAAACAAAGAAUACUAGAAAUUCAAGGUGAAAAUCGUGUGCCUCUGUGACAGAGAGACUCUUUCGAGUUAUUUCGGGUGAACCGGAUUUUGAAUAAACAUUUUAGAACUCUCUGCAGUCUGAAAAUCGAUUCGAUUCGAUUCGAUUCGAUUCGCCUAGCUUGUUUAUCUUGAUAAAAAAAUAUACAAGACAUUGUUUCAAAAGUUGUUUUCAGUAAUAAUUGGUGUUGUGAAUGUGUAGGUGUGCGUGUGUUCAGCGCCAUUUCUCGCAAUUUCGCAUUCGUCGUCUAUUUGUUGACGUUUUACGUGUCGAAUUGUUGAUAUGUUGAAUUGUACACUCCGAUUGAGCGGCCGGAUUCUUCCAUAUCGCAGCAAUAAUUGUUUGAGAAAGUGUUACGUGAAAAAUAACAACAACAACAACAACCCCAAUAGCCACCAUCCAAAUUGCUGCUACUAUAGCUUCAUCGGUAUCGGCAAUGGCAACAGUAAUCUAAACGUAACCAAUUUCGAGGACAAAAGAUCGCACAGUUCGUGGCCACCGAAAAACCAUCUGGACAGUUCAAUGUCAGCGCGUACAUCAACAACAGCUGUUUUACCUGACGAAAGGAAACUUGAACAACACGAAAGAUUGUAUGCAUCAAAACCGGAGCAAAUGAAUACGAAUAGAUUGGUUGGUGAAAAGUCACCAUAUCUCUUGCAACAUGCCCACAAUCCGGUCGAUUGGUACCCGUGGGGAGAUGAGGCCAUUGAAAAAGCAAAAGCAGAAAAUAAAGUGAUCUUCUUGUCGGUCGGUUAUUCGACCUGCCAUUGGUGUCAUGUUAUGGAAAAAGAGUCAUUUGAAAAUCCAGAAGUGGCGGCUAUUAUGAACCGGCAUUUUGUUAACAUUAAAGUCGAUCGUGAGGAGCGUCCCGAUAUUGACAAAAUUUAUAUGCAAUUUGUGUUAAUGGUAUCCGGUAGUGGUGGCUGGCCGAUGUCUGUUUGGCUGACACCCGACUUGACACCAAUCACUGCGGGCACAUAUUUUCCGCCGAAAGAUCGAUGGGGAAUGUCUGGUUUUGUGACUGUCUUGGAGAAGAUCGCCGAGAUGUGGCGCGAAAAGGGCGAUGAAUUGGUGUUGCGCGGCCAUAAGAUCAUUGAUCUUAUUGAUAAAAGUGCAAAAGGUGGGGAAAGUUCUGAGCAACCAUCACAAGAAGAUUUUUACUCGAAUACAGAACAACGUUUCAACGAAAUUGUUAAAAUCUAUGAUCAAAAUAUUGACAACGUAUGGGGUGGUUUCGGUGGUCAAACUAAAUUCCCAGAAGUUUCGAAAUUGAACUUAGCAUUUCAUGCUCAUGUGCACAAGCCAGAAAGUGAUAUGGCUAGACAUGCAUUGAUGACUCUAAAAAACAUUGCAAACGGUGGUAUUCAUGAUCAUGUUUACGGCGGAUUUUGUCGAUAUUCAGUGGAUCGACAAUGGCAUGUGCCACACUUUGAGAAAAUGCUCUAUGAUCAAGGACAGCUUCUAACUGCUUAUGUGAAUGCUUAUAAAAUGACAAAGGAUCCAUUUUACCUUGAUGUCGCGGAUAAAAUUUAUGAAUAUUUAGUAACAGAUCUGCGUCAUCCCAAUGGCGGAUUUUUCAGCGGAGAAGAUGCCGAUUCGUAUCGCCAACAUGGCGAUGAAGAGAAGGUCGAGGGCGCAUUCUACGCAUGGACUCAAGAUGAAGUUCAAAUGUUAUUUAGUGAAAAUUCGGAGCAAUUUUCGGACGCAGCAAAAGCAUUAGACAUUUAUUGCCAUUUUUAUGGAAUAACAGAUGAAGGUAAUGUACAGCCAUCAAGUGAUCCACAUGGUCACUUGCUUGGUCGUAAUAUACUUCGAGUUCGUACUUCAAUUGAAGAGACCGCCAGGAAACAUGGUGUCGACACCGAACUCGUCAAGGACACCUUACAAAAGGGCAAUAAAAUUUUGUAUAUUGAGCGUUGUAAACGCCCCAGGCCACAUUUGGAUACGAAAAUUAUCACAGCAUGGAAUGGCCUAGCUUUGUCUGGACUAUCAGCUCUGGCAACCAUUAAAGAUGCCCCAAGACGCAAGGAAUAUAUCGAAACGGCACAAGCAUUGGUCAAUUUUCUAAGGAAAUAUUCAUUCAGAGAGAAUGAGAAGACCUUGAUUCGGUCAUGUUACGGUGAAGGUGUAAAGGAUGCCACACUAUCACUUUUAGAACAACCGAUCGAAGGUUUCUUGGAUGAUUAUUCGUUUUUGAUAAAAGGCUUAAUAGAUUUUUAUGUGGCAACACUAGAUAUUGAUGCAUUGAAAUGGGCGAAACAGUUGCAGGACACACAAGAUCGUCUUUUCUGGGACUCUGAACAGGGUGGAUACUUUUACUCGCAAGCAAACUCUGCUAAUGUAAUUGUUCGUCUAAAGGAAGAUCACGAUGGAGCGGAGCCAUGCGGAAAUAGUGUUGCUGCACGAAAUCUUCCGCUUAUUUCGGCUUAUUUCCACGAUAAGACCUAUAAAGAACGUGCAUGCAAAUUGCUUUCAUUCUUUUCAUCGACCACUCCAUUUGGAUACGCGUUGCCCGAAAUGUUUUCCGCUCAGAUGAUGCGAGCAGACAGCUUGGCCAUGAUGGUUGUUGUUGGGCCAAAAAGUGAUGCUCUCGAUAAAUUGUGCGAUACCGCACGCGAUUUUUACAUCCCGGGACUAUUGCUAAUGCACUACGAUCCAGAGCAACCAUCCGAAAUGCUAACGCGUCCAGCAAUUUCAAAAUUUAAAAUGGUACGAAAUGAACCAACAGUUUAUUUGUGCCACAAUCGUGUUUGUCAAUUGCCAAUUACGACCGCUGACGAUUUUAAUCGGGUCCUCACCGAAAAAUAUGCGUCAGCAACACUGCGAGAAUAAUAAUAUAUCAUUUGAAUGUAUUAAUGGCUGACAAGCAUGCGCUUUCAAUUUGACCUUGCAUCCAGUGCGCUCCAGAUGGAGAUAUUUUUCUAUGAGUUCGAAACGAAUUGUGAUAUUUGAAAUGAAUGAAUGCUACGGAUGCAGUGAAGAAUGCAAUAUUUGACAACAAACAUUUGUAAAUGAAUUGAAUUUAUCUUAUUUCUUCGUUUCACACGAUAUAACCAAUUCAUUUAUAGAAUGGCCAAGGACAGACAAUGACAGACAAUUAGAAACAUCUACUAGAUCUUAUAUGAUUAUUUGGAUUUAUUGUUAUUGAUGAUUAUGAUGAUCAUUAUUAUUAUUAUUAUUAUUAUCAUUAUUAUUAUUACAAAUCUAAUGUCGUUGAUUAACUUAUCCGUAAUUUGAAAUUGUCGAUUAUGAUAAGAUUGAAAUCCCAUUUAAAAAUACACACAAAAAUAAAUUGUUGAUGUAAAAUACA